UAGAACAAUAAGAAGUGGAGCAGUGCCCUGAUAUCAGCUGCUGUUGAUGCAAAUACCGCCUUUACAUCAUCACUUCUCUAAAGGAACCUCUGCGGAAACGUGCACGGCCUUAAGAGUACAGGACUGUAGAUGCCAGGUCAUCCAGCAGAAUGAGUCGGAGGAAGAGGAGGAACAGUCGCAGGAGGCGGAGCUCCAGCAGCAGUAAACAAUGCAUCUCUCCAUAUAAUUUUCAAAGACACACUAUGGUGGACACUGUGGAAGCUACAGAGAAGGGAGAAACUGACUCCUUCUGUAAAGAGCAUGUCCUGUCAGUGUCUGAAGACGAGAAGGAGACUGAGACUCCAACCAGAGCAGAUUACAAACAAAACAUCAGGGAGAAUAUCAGCUACAAGAUUAGCAUUGUAGAGCUGAAUUCAGAGUCAUCACAUGCUUCCAAGAGUCAGAGCUCGUGGGACGAUCCUGAAGAAAUGGCUUGCCGUAAAAGCUGCUGUAAAAACAACUCCCGUUGGGGAAACACAGGUGGCCAGACGGACACAGAAUUCACACUGGUUGAUGGAUCCUCAUGUUGCUCAUCACCCUCUGAUUUCUGGCAACAUCAGAAACAGCACUCACUGCCCAGCAGUCUCAGUAAUGAGGCAUUAUGGGAUAUCCCUCCCCCUGAUGAAUUUGCUGAUAAGAAGGCUAGUGCACUGGAUUUCCUUGCAGAAAAUGUUGCAUCUUGUCAGAUCAGUCCCAGAGAAAGAUUCGCUGACCACCACAACACUAAUUGCACGCAGACAGCAUCUGAGGUUACCUUGUGCAAAGAGUUUACGUUCCAGAAUACACUGGACAACAGGACAAACGAGCCCAGGUGCGAGACCUCGGGUCCUCAGGAACAUUUAUUCAUGAAUCUCAGAGCUUCAAUAAACAGAUCUUCUUUCACUAAAAACUUCAUCGAUAGCAGCAGCUAUAGACCAAGCUCAAGCUCCACAACAGGUCCUGACUCUUGUAUUCCCAAGUUUAAAGAUUACCGCUCAAUGAAGAACCCCUUCUAUCCAUCCAGGUCUGAUGAGAGCCCAGAAGAAGUCUUCUUUAGAGGCGAACAAUAUCAUGGGCCAGCAGAGCUGGACGAGAUGGAGCAACCGAGUUCUGGUUUGAUGCUCGUUGAUGGUGCGGAUCAAGAUGGUGCAUCUGAGCUGAAUGAAGUCAAUGAAAGUGGCUUUGACGAGGAGAUGCUGGAGCUGGAUGAGUCCAUUUCUCCAGGUGACACCAUGGAGAGACAUCACAGGGAGCUUCUUAUUCAUGUCAUCCCACCGUCCCUGUGCAACUCUGAGGAACAAAUCGACGAAGGAUUAUUCAACGGUGUCAAGCAUAACACGUGUGACAGAGACGAAGCCGAUGCUCCAAAGAAACGGAGAGGUUCGGUAAUGACAAUAAUCACUGGGGACUGUGAGCAUGUCUUCUCAUUUGAUGAGGAGCAUCAGAUAGAUGCUUUAAGCCCUGUGGGUGAGUCUCCUACUGCGUCUCCAAUAGAGGACCUUGCCUGCAUCAGAGAAGCGGUGGAGGAGCUCCAGGAUUCCUCACAAGCACGAAAAACCACAACUUCUGCGAAUAGUAUGCUAAUCUUACAUAUAGACACGUCCUCUCAACAGUCUGGAGAAGUGCAACCAAAUGAACCCCUGGAUAAAACAAGCACAGAUGUCUAUACUACAGCCAAGCUUUAUAAAAAUGACUUGUCUGAAAGGCAAAGUGCCUCAAAAAAUUCAUUAGAGGUCAAAGAGCACCUCAGGCCUCCAACGGACUCCAUUCAUAAAGAUUCAGAGGAGCAUUCAGACCACUGGGCAAGGAGACGCAAGCUCUUCAAGGAGAGCAAACAGCGCAGUUCUGCAGGAGGAAGCUCUAUUACUAGCAAUAUCACAGAGGAAUCAGACACAAUGAACUCUGAGGACACUCGUUCGGUGGACAUGUCAAUGCGGGAUAUUGAGGACAGAGGAUUUUACACAGAAACCUUUCACUCAGUAUCAUGGAUGUACCAUGGAGAUGAAGUUAACCAGAAUGAAAGUGCACACUGUCUCAGCAGCUGUACUCGACCAGCAGCAAUUCGUGAGCGGACAGUGAAAAUCAGCAAAGGCAUGGGCGAGUAUCCCUGGGGCUUCAGGAUUCAGUUCUCCAAACCCAUCGUGGUUACUGAGGUGGACACAAGCCCAGACAUUUUGACUCUGACCAUUGGCUCGGACAUCGGUCGAAUGCCGAACACUCCUCGACCGGCGUGCAGGGGUUACUUGCAUAAGAGAACUCAGUCCAGUUUGCUGAAGGGCUGGAGAAAGAGGUGGUUCGUGCUCAGACACGACUGCUGCCUCUGUUACUACAGAAACAAGCGUGAUGAAGGGAAGAGCCGAGCUCUGUCUGUGGUGAGUCUGGAAGGGGCGCUGGUGGAGGCCGACAGCAGUUUAGGAAAGCCGUUUGUGUUCAGAUGCUGCCCAGUGUCUGGGAACCGAGUUUACUACCUGUGUGCCACGUCAAACCAAGAGAUGAAGAGGUGGCUGGAGGCUAUGGGUAGAGCAGUUCAUCCUAUUACACAGAAUCACGUGUGGGUGGAUGUGACUCGGCACAACUCAAACCUGCCCCCUCUGGCAGUCAAGAACCCAGAAUGCCUUGGGUUACUGCACCAGCUGGACAGGAACAAGGACUCGUGGGUGCAGCACUACAGUGUGCUGAAAGACGGAUGCCUCUAUUUCUACGCCAGCAUUCGGUCAACCUGCGCGAUAGGAGGAAUCUACCUGCAUGGCUACACAGUGAGGGAUCAGCCAGUGGGAUCCAGAAGAUCUGCUAUUGAGCUCAGACCUCCGUCUGAAGAGUUUAAAGUGUUCUACCUCUGUGCAGAGAAUGCAAACGAGAACAAACGAUGGAUUAGUGCAAUAAAAUCAUCUACAGCAAAAUGGCUGCCAUUGCAACAGGCAGUUCAGGACUACAUGAGUCGCCCAUCCGAGGAAACAAGAAUGUGAACAAGAUUGAUUACAGGACAUUCUGGUGUUUCGCAACAAGCACAACCGUGUUCAAUCCAUAGCAUGAGGAUCUCCUAAUUGUCUCUUAAAAUUAGGUCUGUGAAUAUCCAGACAUUGUGCACAAUAAGUUUAUUAGAAGACUUCAGGCUAGUUUAAUCAUGCCAGGUUAGUAGGUUGGGUCUUGGUGGGCAUCACUUUGUCCUCAAAAGUGACCAGGUUGAUGAUGGUGAAAGCUCUUAUGCCUAAAUGGCUCAAAUGCAUAGCCUUACAAAAAUGCAUGUCGCCAAAUUAGCAUCGAGUGCAAAAUCAGAAAGUGUAGCUGUACAAUGCUAAAACUUGUAAUCAGAUCUUUACUGUUUUGAUAAACGUCUAUGUUGAACUGAUCUUGAGAUUGGCUUUGAAGUGCAUUUGCUCAUUUACUAAAAACUAAAAGACAAAUUGAUAAUUGAGCGGUAUGAAUACAAAUUAGAACAAUUAAAUAAAUUGAAACUACAAUGAUCAAAUCAUCUAGUCUAAAUAGUCACGAUGGAACCUAAAAUAUCUCCACGAAUAAUAUUCAAGUGCUUUUCUUUUUGACAAUGCAGCAGAAGCAAGUGCAUGAAGUUGUCAUGGCAACCUGUGCAGUGACGGCAGCUGGAAGCAUAGAAAUAGAAGUAGAAACCAUCAAACUCUUUUCUCUAAUUCUCUCAGUCUUUCGUUUUAAAUGAUGAUUGUUUAAGGUCCACUUAUCCGUUCAGAUGUUGCAUGUUUCUUUGCAUUCAGAGGACAGGUUAAGAAAGAAGGAUGGAAUGCAUUUCUGUAAACCUGUUUGUGAAUUGAUGUUUUCCAUUUUCAGCAUUUGCUAAUUAUGUAAAGACACUGCCACUGUUUUUGUAUAUAGCACACAUUUUCUUUAAGGCCAGUUCCUUCAAACCUUUAGUCCUCUUUCGAUAGGAUGCAGUGGAAUAUCUGAAUUCUUAUUUUAGCUCAUUUAUACGUUAUUAUGACUUUUACUAUUCUUUGUAUAACUAAUGCUACAUUUAUGUUUUUUUGUAUUACUAUUUUUAUUAGUAUUGGACUCUAAAGUCUUCCAGUUUACAGUUUGAUAAGAUCUUUUUUUACAACCUAAGGGAGUAUUUAUACUUGGUCACUUUAUUCAUUUUAAUUCAUUACAUUAAUCAUUCAUUUAUGUGGCCUGAACAACCAGAUUCAUUACACUUGGCUGAAAUGCAUUUCAGAUUGGAUUCACCUAAUGACUGGAUAGCUAUUUGAUCAGUAAAACACAUGUAGUGACCAAGUGUAAAUAUCCUCUAAUGAUUUCCCUAGAAUUUGAUGUAGUCUGUUCAUUGAAGUGCUUGUAUUGCAUGUAAAGAGCCCAUGAAGCUUGCCAAAAUACAGACUUGCAUUAUGUUCUA